AUGAAGACUCGCGACGUCUUGUUGCUCCAGCGACUCAUCGUCGGAGCGCUUCUCUCUCUUCUCUUGUGCGCCGCGGCCGCGCAGCCAACGAAAGCUACGCUGAUAAAGGAGCUUCAGGACAUUCGCCUCGCCAUGAUGCAGUUUAAAUACCUGGGGAGAUACGCGCUCGUCGCCAACGCCAUCAAAGAAAUCCUUCCGAAACUAGACAGCUUUCCGGAGGACGCGGACCUCUCCGUACUCGGCCAGAAGACCGUUCUCAUCCCGCAAAACGCGGCGCUCGGAUCGGCCGGGAUCGCACACCAGAAGCAUCCCGACCUUGCUCGAGGGCCGCCGGCUGAAAAGGUAUUUCGUGCCGUGGUUGAUGCGGAAGGGGUCGGCAUGCGCUCUAGGGCAGAGUAA